CGAACUCCCGCACCACCAAAUCCACCACCAGCACCCAAUCUAUUUAUCCACCAAACCCACCUCCAGCAAUAGAAAACCCGGCCCAGAUAGAAGACAUGCACAAAUCCAUUUUAACGCGCACAACACUUCUACAUCUCAUCUUAAACCCAUUCCUGACAAUCCCGACGCGCGCUUCAACCACAAUCGCACCUCCGACAAUCCUCUCCCAAAGACUAUUCCGUACCCCGAUUGCCUACCCCCAGUGUCCCUCCAAUCUCUAUCAAGAAAAAUCCUACUCCACAAUGUCAUCGUCCACCGACCAGAUCCAACAACAACAAUCCGACAAUGCCGCUACUGACUCCGCCGCCGAAAAGAAACCAGAGCAGUACCUCGCCCUUCCCGACUCCAGCAGCGCCGACCAGACACAGCAGCUGGAUCUCAGCGGCGAUGGGUCGACGGUGAAAUUGGAUCACUUGGGUCCGUUGGUGGUCAACCAGGAUGGGACGUUAUCACGGAUCUCGAACUGGGCGCAGAUGGCGGAGAUUGAGAAGAAGAAUACGUUGCGGGUGCUAGGGAAGAGAAACAAACAACGGAUGGAGGCACUGAAGGCUGCUCAGGGAGCGCAGGAAGAGGGUAAAUAGGCGCAGGAAACGGUGGAAAGGUCGCGAGUUUCUACCGUGUAGGAGUUACGGACUUAUGCUUUGGGUACCAGGGAGACAUUUUUCUCUUUCAUAGACUGAUUGCUUAUGUAUAAUAAUCCAGCCCAUUUUAGGCUUCACAUACAGUUACAGGUUAAUGAACUCUACGACGAGAGCUGCUCAGAUAUAUCGAUGUUACACCAUUCAAUUCAUAACGCCGUACAGCUGAAGUUCCUGGACAACAGGCCACCCAACAACAGAAGUGCAUGUACACAGCCUUAGCCGAAAAUCCAAUCGGCAAACCUCGAGAAUAUAUUGCUAUGAGGAUGCUUAGCCAUGCAAAGAAUAACAGUGGGGUGGGAAAUACUUGAGAAAGAAUAGAUAGCACAUAC